UCCCUAAAAUUUAAUUACACCUUGAAUUAUUAAACUUCCGGCCCAAAAUGGACGUCGAGAAAAAGGUUGAACUGCCACUGACAACUAUAAUCACCGACGACAAACGCAAACGCCGGAGAUGUAUUUGUUUAUCGAUAAUCAUUGCGGCUAUACUACUUGUCGCCUUAACCAUUCUCAUUCUAGCUCUCACCGUCUUCAAACCCAAAAAGCCAAUCACCACCGUCAACUCUGUCGCCGUUAAAGAUUUAGACGCCACUGUCAACCUCCUUCCGCCAAGGGUAUCGUUAAAUGUGACGCUUGACCUGGACAUCACAAUCAAAAACCCCAACAAAGUUGCUGUCAAGUUCCUCAACAGCUCAGCAACUCUGUUGUACAAAGGCCAAGUCGUGGGUGAUGUUCCCAUCCCACCUGGUGAGAUCGGCUCUGAUGACACUCAGCAGCUGAACCUUAUGCUCACGCUUUUUGCAGAUCGGUUGCUGGCAAAUGUUGACGUUUAUGCUGAUAUUAUUCGCGGUAACCUGCCGGUGUCUACCUACACGAGGAUCUCCGGAGAUGAUGCAUAGGACUUAUCAAGACAUACUUAGGCGGACCUGUGCCUUAGUGACUUAAAACGAGACAAGAACUAGUUAAUUUAUGUUAUGUAUGCUUUGAUUCUUGUUUAGACAAUGUAAACUUUCAUGUUUGAUUUAUAAAACGAAACUUCAUUUGCCA